CGCCGCUUCCGGUCCGCGUGAGUGUGGUCCUCGCGCCUGCUGCGGGCUCAGGGCCGGUGUUGGCGCGCAGUGCGGUGAUUUUUUUCGGGAGCUGCCCUCUCUCCCUCUGGACCAUGGCCACCGACUCGUGGGCCCUGGCAGUGGACGAGCAGGAAGCGGCUGUCAAAUCGAUGAGUAAUUUGCAGAUCAAGGAAGAGAAAGUCAAACCAGAUACCAAUGGUGUUAUCAAAACCAAUGUCACUGCAGAAAAAGCAGAUGAAGAAGAGAAAGAGGACAGAGCUGCUCAGUCCUUACUCAACAAGCUCAUCAGAAACAACCUGGUCGAUAACACCAACCAAGUGGAAGUUCUGCAGCGGGAUCCAAAGUCCCCUCUCUACUCAGUGAAGUCCUUCGAGGAGCUUCGGCUGAAACCACAGCUUCUUCAGGGAGUCUACGCCAUGGGCUUCAACCGACCAUCCAAGAUACAAGAGAAUGCAUUGCCUUUGAUGCUUGCUGAGCCUCCACAGAACCUGAUUGCCCAGUCUCAGUCUGGUACUGGUAAAACAGCUGCCUUUGUCCUGGCCAUGCUCAGCCGAGUGGAACUGGCAGAGAAAUACCCCCAGUGCCUGUGCCUCUCCCCAACAUAUGAGUUGGCGCUUCAGACAGGAAAAGUGAUUGAGCAGAUGGGCAAAUUUCAUCCAGAACUGAAGCUUGCUUAUGCUGUUCGAGGCAAUAAAUUGGAGAGAGGUCAGAAGAUAAGUGAGCACAUUGUCAUUGGCACCCCUGGAACUGUUCUGGACUGGUGCGCCAAGCUCAAGUUCAUUGACCCCAAGAAGAUCAAGGUGUUUGUUCUGGAUGAGGCUGAUGUGAUGAUAGCUACUCAGGGCCAUCAAGAUCAGAGCAUCCGCAUCCAAAGGAUGCUGACCAGGAACUGCCAGAUGCUGCUUUUCUCUGCCACCUUCGAAGACUCUGUAUGGAAAUUUGCCCAGAAAGUGGUCCCAGACCCCAACAUUAUCAAACUGAAGCGUGAGGAGGAGACACUGGACACCAUCAAGCAGUACUAUGUCCUGUGCAACAACAGAGAUGAGAAGUUCCAGGCCUUGUGUAACCUCUACGGGGCCAUCACCAUUGCUCAAGCCAUGAUCUUCUGCCAUACCCGCAAAACAGCCAGCUGGCUGGCAGCAGAGCUCUCCAAAGAAGGCCACCAGGUGGCUCUGCUGAGCGGUGAAAUGAUGGUGGAGCAGAGGGCUGCGGUGAUCGAGCGCUUCCGAGAGGGCAAAGAGAAGGUGCUGGUGACCACCAACGUGUGUGCCCGUGGUAUCGAUGUUGAACAGGUGUCUGUUGUCAUCAACUUCGACCUUCCCGUGGACAAGGACGGGAACCCCGACAACGAGACCUACCUGCACCGGAUCGGGCGCACUGGCCGCUUUGGCAAGAGGGGCCUGGCGGUGAACAUGGUCGACAGCAAGCACAGCAUGAACAUCCUCAACAGAAUCCAGGAGCAUUUUAAUAAGAAAAUAGAAAGAUUGGACACAGAUGAUUUGGACGAGAUUGAGAAGAUAGCCAACUGAGGAGCUCCACCAGUCCCUGCCCAGGAACCUCGUCCGUUCACAACGCAGGCCUGGACAGUCAGCAAAAGAUAAAGACAUGCGUAGAGAGAAACUACCUACCUCAUUUUAAAUUAUGUUUGGACUUGACAAAAAUUAUGCAAAUAAUUGGGAAAGGUAGAAGGAAAAUUUUGCAUUUUGGAAAAUUUAGUCCUUUUCCCCUCAUUUUUUAAAGCCAUCGUUUCCCCUCUCUUUAUAAUAUCUGGUCACUAUUGGUAAUCACCGGCCCCAGGAUCUCUUUCAUAUUUUCCUGCUAGUGGUUUGGGACCAACCUUCAGCCCCUGAAGAAAUGAUAGAGUGGAGGAGAGGCCCACCACGUGGAUGGCACGUGGCUGUGACAUGAGGGAGCCUCUGCCGGCAGUGAGGCCUGUGAGCUGUCCCUCUCCUCUGUCCCUGACAGAUCAGUCACCAGUGUCUCCUGCCCUGGGGGCCAUCUUCCUUUUCCUAAAUCCAGAGAUGUUCCCGUUAAUAAUCCCUUUAACCUCUGUUCUCUGUGCCAGAGGAGAUACCCGUGUUUCUCCCUGGGUGAGCAUCAUGGCUACUUUUAUAAACCUCAGAUUGGGUGAGAAACAUGGAAGUCAUUGAACCUUUGGAGGGAUUUGUCUGGCGAGGGUAGGUGACACCUUCAAGGAUCUGGGCCUGACCUCCUCUUGCAGUUGUCUCUCCGCUCAGGCAGCCGGUAGUCGUCAUGGCAGCCUGGAGACAGACUGGGCAGUUUUCUGACAAAUGCCCGGGCACGUGGGUUGGCUCUUACCCAUGGGUGUCACACUGUGCCUGCAGGUGAGCAGCACAGUCCGGAAAUGAAGUUAUGGAAACUUGGAUUAUGCUGUUCAUCUGUAAUAGUGGGUCUGUUGGUUACUUUAAUUCAUACAUGGUAUGAAUAUGGACAAAUUAAUUAGAGCUAUGCCCAUCACUCAUUAUGUUAAAAAAUUUUUAAAUAAUUAUGAAACAUUUUACUAAUCUUGAUUUGUCUUUAUUUGUAUUUUUCUGGUUAUUAGACUAAUAUAUGCUCAUAAAAUAUAUAUUUGAGUGUAUACCUAUAUAAAUACAGUGCAAGUGUCCUCUGUCCCCACCUCUCUGGGGUCACCGUUGCUAGCAGCUUGGUGAAUGUUCAAUAUAUUGCCUUCUGUUUGCAUAUAUCAGCCCACUUUUUAAAAAUGUGAACAUUCUAUUCACACUCUUGUGCAAUCUGCCAUUUCACUUACCAGCAUACUUUGGCAUCAUUCCAGCGUGUAGCUGCACAGCAUUUAUUUCAUGGCUUCUCUAGCGAUAGGCAUACAGUGGUUUCCACUGUGCUGCGUUGCCACAGUGCCACGUGAAUACCCUUGCUCAUCUCUGCGCCCUGCGGAGACUCACUCUAGGACGUGUUCCUGGAAGUAGAAUUGUUGAGUCAAAGAGUAGGGACGUCUGACCUUUUAAUACAUUGCUAAGUUAGUUUGCCAAAGAUUUUUAUCAACUUAUGUUAUUGCAAUUAUACAAAAAUACUACCUAUUUUCAUAACUGCUUGCCAGCCCUGUACAGUACUAAUUUUUAAAACUUUGCCGUGCUGAACAGCAAAAAUUGAUUACAUCAUUGCUUUUUUGUUUUGUAUUUUGUGAGGUUUGGCAAAUUUUCAGUGUAUUGGGUAUUUGUAUUUUCUCUUGGGAUACUGCCCAUACUUGUCUCAGCAUUUUACUAUUGGAUUGUCAAUCUUUAAUAAUUUUUAGCCACUUUUCUAUUUUAGGGAAAUUAA